GUAGAAUUUGAGUUGACAUUCUUAUACGAGAAGGCUUUCCUUUCUUUGCUUGAAUAUGCCAUCUGAUCGCUUCAUCUGAAAUGUCCUCGCAGGCUUCAAUAUCAUCUAGAGUUAUCUCUCUUCUUCAUGUGGGACAAGUAUGGCUGUUGGACAGCCACAUUUGAAUGCAUUCUUUGUGAAACGUGUGAAAACACACUGGCAUAAUCGAGAUCACAUCAUCUUUGCUAUAUUUCAAGAGACAAAUUGAACACUCUUUAUGAUUCAAGCUCAUAAAUGAUUGGUAUAUCACUCUGGGAAGCUUUGGAGAUAUAAUCUGGGAUUGCCUUUCGUCUUGAGGUUGUCUUUGAGGGCUUGUUCAACAUCCCCUACAACCAACAAUAAAAAGCAAUAUAAUCAAUCAGACACUAAGAAUUUGAACAGCCCAAAAAUUAAUGUACACUCCUGAUUCAGAAUUUGGAUCUAUUUGUUCAUAUUCUGAUCAAUUUUUUUAUGGUUGUAAUGCAUAGCAGAUAAACUAAGCCAAGUAUCAGGAUAAAUAAUGUAUUAAUUACAAUCCUGGGCAAGAAUAAACAAACAAAAAUUAUGAUUAGAUAUACUUUCUGUGCCAUAGAUGAAUAAAACACAGAGCUUCCCUCUGAAUAGCAAUCAGUGAACUCAAUUACACAAGCAGCGAAUAGUACUAUUGCAAUACAAGCUACCUCAUAGUCUCACAUGCUUAAUAUA